UUGAUUGGCAGUGGGAGCCGGCGACGUGAGGCGGUCUUUGGUCUGGCUUCACCGAGAUCCUGGGAAAGCGAAAUGGAGGGGUGUGUGUCUAACCUAAUGGUCUGCAACCUGGCCUACAGCGGAAAGCUGGAAGAGUUGAAGGAGAGGAUCCUGGCCGAUAAAUCCCUUGCCACUAGGACUGACCAGGACAGCAGAACUGCAUUGCAUUGGGCAUGCUCAGCAGGACAUACAGAAAUUGUUGAAUUCUUGCUGCAACUUGGUGUGCCAGUGAAUGAUAAAGAUGAUGCAGGUUGGUCUCCUCUCCAUAUUGCUGCUUCUGCCGGCAGGGAUGAGAUUGUGAAAGCCCUUCUGGGAAAAGGAGCUCAAGUCAAUGCUGUCAAUCAAAAUGGCUGUACUCCCCUACAUUAUGCAGCUUCCAAAAACAGGCAUGAGAUUGCGGUCAUGUUACUGGAAGGCGGGGCUAAUCCAGAUGCCAAGGACCAUUAUGAGGCUACAGCAAUGCACCGGGCAGCAGCCAAGGGUAACUUGAAGAUGAUUCAUAUCCUUCUGUACUACAAAGCAUCCACAAACAUCCAAGACACUGAGGGUAACACUCCUCUACACUUAGCCUGUGAUGAAGAGAGAGUGGAAGAAGCAAAACUGCUGGUGUCUCAAGGAGCAAGUAUUUACAUUGAGAAUAAAGAAGAAAAGACACCCCUGCAAGUGGCCAAGGGUGGUCUGGGCUUAAUACUCAAGAGAAUGGUGGAAAGUUAAACAGCUUGGAUUUAUUCUUCCUUUGUUAUGUUUUGUGCUUGUCCCCUAAGGUCCUGGAAACUGAUGUACAUGUGCACAAGACAUCAUCUGUGAAUGAUGAAUUUUGUUCAUCUUCAAAGUCUUAUAAACCUCUUGACCGUUGUUGCUGCUGAGGUAUUUGUUCUAAGCUCACGACUCGCUUUCCAGGCAUUGAAUAACUGCUGCGAUGAUUCUGCUGUUGUUGUAUAUUAUUCUGUACUGAAUUUUGGUUAACUUUGAGUAAGUGGUUCUGUGGCUGUUGUUGAGUCUUCAGCACUCUGCCAAGCACCCUCUGUCCUCCCUCUGAGGCAGAACCACCCCAAUAGCACCAGGCCAGUUCCUCUGCCAAAUGUUUCUAGGUAGAUUCUGCCAUGUUCCUCCAUACAGUUGAAACACAGACUUGUUUUUCAAGCUCUCUCAGAGGCCUAUGCCAAGUAUCUGGUUUUUUUUUUUUUUUCAACAGUAUAGUUUAAUGUGUUUUUGUUAUAGGGGAAUACUUAUAUAUUUUGAGGACCAAAUUUUCAGUUAGAGGGCGUGCUCUCCAAGUUUGUUGUUCAUAAACACUAAAAUAAUGAAAAAUAAUAGCUCUGUACCCAUGUAUGUUUUAAUGAACUGUUUCCCUCCAAAGUAAAAUGUAUUGUUUUUAAAACGGAGGUUUUAAAGUACCUGUAUUAAGUCACCCCAGACUGAAAAGAAUGUCAAGCUUGUGACCACGAUAUGUAACAAAAAUGUCUUUUGAUUUGUAUUUCAGAAACAAAAAAUAAAGUGUUGAGAGGCUCUCCCAAUUCUUCUUUCAAAUCAGUUAGAUACCCACUUAAGCCUUUAAAUCCUUUAUAAAGACACUUCUUAGGUUUUGGUAGCUCUAAAGUCAAUAAAGUUAAUGAAGCUUGAA